CAGAAGGGUCUUUCUGUGACACGCGGCGCGGACUGGACGUAAUGGGAACGAGCCGCAUCCGGGAGGGGCAGCCCGGAGAAACCCUGCGGGCUGUAAUCUGGACUACAGCUCCCAGAAGCCUCAGGGGAGGAGGAGUCUAAGACGUAGUGUACACGCACGCACACGAGAGCGGGGGGUGGCGGAGCGGGAGCCGGAGCCGGAGCACGUGCAGGUGCGGAGAGAGCAGCCGCCUGCGUGAGAGACCGUGACCUCCGGCUUGGACACCGGCGCCGACUGGAGACUGGCGGGUUUGGGGGCGCCUCCGCGGGUCGGGGGAAAUUAGGCUUCUAAAGACACGUGCUCGAGGGCAGGGCGUUCACCCAGCCCGCCCCGUCCCGUCCCUGCCCCACAGCCCCGCGGGCAGGCGCACGAGGCUUGGCGCUGCUGCUGCUGCUGCUGCUCGGGAGCGCGGGGCCCCGGGGCUCUGCAGCCAGGUUUUUCUACCACAUUCAACACCAGAUGACCUCAGAGGAAAACUGGAGGACAGAGGAGGGUAGCCCUCUGAACUUUGUAGCUAAAUGGCCAAAGUGCAUGCUCAGGAAACAGAAGACACAGGUUCUAGACUCCCCCUCACCUAGAUGGAGGUUGAAUCUGCAUCUGACUCCUUAGCAAAGUGCACCAAACACUAGGCCAAGGCUAAAAUUCUCCCUCCCCGCCCUCCUGUUGAAGGGGAGCCCCAGAGCAGCCAAGUGGGAAAGACGGAUAGGGCUAGAAGACUACUCUGCGAUUGAGAUGAGCACUGUCAUGGCAGCGUGGGGGCCCUGGACAUAUGAAAGGCAGGUCUGAGAGCUGCUCCUUCCGCUUGGAGGUGGCAGUGGUUAGGAACAAGGCACACUGAGCCUGAUUCUGCCCUGCCCUGAAGCUAGGAUGCUUGUUUCCACUUGCGUAGGCUGGAAGCAGAGAGCAGCGUGGAGGUGAUCGGGGCAGCUGGCUGAACACGUACCUUGCACAGCAGUCUUUUCCACAGGAGUCCUGUCUGUCUUGACCCUCUAAAUCUGUGGACAGCUGCUGCAACCACCCUAGAGCUGACCAGGGAGAGGAGAGUGCUGUGCAUCCUGCCGUCCCAGGCCCCUGUGUCACCUUGAGAGUGCCCAUGUGUCAGCUUGAGAAUGCAGAGGUGGGGGGAGAAGGGACCCCCUCCAAGGAGAAGUGCCUCUUAGAGUCUUCCCAGCAUUUGAAUAGAAACACAGAGAGCAGCAAGGAUGGGAAUGGAGAGCAGCCCUCUGGGAGUGAACCCCUGUUCACAAAGCAGAAUGGCACAGUAGAUGUGGAGCAAGGAGAAAAUCCAGCUUGCUUGCCUAAAUACAAGUUACCACUUGUUCGUGGAGGGAUAGGCGUCCUGGUAGUCAUAGUAGUAGCCUUGACAAUUGCAGUUGCCCUUCUUGCUGAAAAGAAUUGCGACUCCUUUGUCAUGCGUUGCCCAGAUGACUGGAUUGAAUACCAAGGGAAAUGCUAUUAUUUCUCAAAUGAUAAAAAGAGCUGGGACUCCAGUCAGAGCUCCUGCUCUUCACUUGGUGCCUCUCUGGCCAGGAUUGACACCCAGAAGGAGAUGAAUUUCACCAUGCGCUACAAGGGGCAGGCUGAAUACUGGAUCGGCCUGAGGAGAGAGCAGGACCAGCCCUGGACCUGGGUGAACAGCACAGAGUUCAACAGCCUGUUGUUCAGAGUGCGGGCAGACGGGAACUGUGCCUACCUGAGCCACAACUUUGUUGGCUCCACAGGGUGCUCCACACUGCGCCACUGGGUCUGUACCAAGCCCCAUAGGACAACCAGGGCAGAGGAUGACUUGAAGCCAGGCGCACGCAGGUGGAUAGCCUCAUGAACAGCAGUGGCCUAUGGUGCGGCACCAGGGUGUGUCCCCCAUUGUAUUAGCAUGGAUAAGAGGUGGGCGGUGCCAGGGUGCAUCCCCGCUGCACCAGUAUAAUUACGAGGUGGGCGGUGCCAGGGUGCAUCCCUACUGCACCAGUAUGAUUACGAGGUGGGCAGUGCCAGGGUACAUCCCGACUGCACCAGUAUUAUUGAAAGGCGGACAGUGCCAAGGUGCAUCCCUGUUGCACCUGCAAAUCUUGGAAGGCAGGUGGUGUGAAUGCUCAUCACUGCUUGUCAUAGCAUAAGGGAGCUGGCAUAUGGCACAUCCCUGCCCAGCUUGUCUGAGGCAUCAGCUGGGAUAUCUGGCAGUCAGUGCAGACAGCCUGUGUGUGCGCCCAGCCAAAAGUCUGCUAGGCCACUGUGGAAAGCAGUCAUGUCCUAAUAACUCUGCCCACUGGAGCUGCAGAUUAGCUGCUUUGUGCUAACAAAGGGCUGAUAGCUCCCCAGACUGGCAGCUUCAUAAACAGAAAUUUGCUUUUGCCAUGACUAAUGGCUCCCGAAUGGCCUAAAGGUAACACAUGCAAGUGUUAAACUGCAGAAAGGGGUUGCUCUGAGCCUGAGCAAUAGGAAGAGAAGACAGUAACUACUAUAUACUUAAUAAUCCUGUAAGGCAAUUGGUAGCAAUCAUAUAUUAGUUAUGCUGCACGGUUCAGUGUUAAUACAGUGCUUAUAUUAACCAUUGAUAGUUCAGUACAUUCAGAUAUUAACAGCUGAUAGCAUUAGUCACCUUUCUGAGGCACUCUAUAGCAUGAUCCCCAGCUCUCUGCAGAUGAUCUGUUACCAAAGGGCAGGCAACCCUAGUUGCUUGGACAGCACUGUCGCAUCGAAAAGAGUAAUGUGACCAACAGGAAGAUGUGCUGAAACGAUCAUUAUCAGAGGCAAGACAAGGUUUCCAUGUUUUACACAGAGCAUUACUCAUGCAAUUGUUGCACUAAAUAAUCUGUAUGAAGUGAAUCCAUAGCAGAGACACCUAAAGUUUUUAUGGCAUAUAUUUCUAGCUAUAUUUGUAUGCAUCAGUAUUCAAAUAAAUGAAAUAAACA